UUUGUGAACUUGUAAUCACUGGACUUUCAGCAAUGCAAAGGUUGCUUUUCUAUCAAGAAAAUCACGGAGAGAUCCACUAUUAUAGUAACCAUCAAGCUCCGCAGAAUAAUAAACGUAUAUAAAAUCUACAAAAACAGCACAAAAUAGUAUCUUACGUUUACCGAAUUUCCGUUUAAAUAAUUCGUCAAAUCUUUCUUCGCCCGCUUAAGCCAAAUUCUACUAUUUUCCAUUUUUAUGUCACGUUUCGCCUCACAGUUGCUCAAUAAAUAUUUGCAUUUUGACGCGGUGAUCUUUAUUUACAGGGUUUCCUCCCUCUUGCAUCUGAUAACAAACCUCUGAGUUUUCUGCAUCGGAUCGAAAAUAAUUCAGAACGUUUUUAUGUGACCCCAAUUUUUUUUUUUAUGACUGAUUGAAAUUAAAGAUACGCGGCAAUGAAUCCCACAAGUUUUCUUUUGUCAGAAAUACACAAGAUUGGUGUUUUCAAUUUCCUUUAAUAUUGAACAAAAACAACUGCUCAUCGAUGGUUUUAAGAGUGAAAGAAAUGGCCUCUUCUUUACUCGAAUGCAGAUAAUUUCGUACGCCAAAAGCUUUUAGUCUAAUGUUAUUGAAAAAGUCAUCUCGCCCAAAGCUUGAAGUACGUUUUUUAACAGCACCCAAAGUUGGCCAAAAGUCUGAUAACCGUUUCCCUCAGUUGAGGGCGAGGUGGGCUUGUAGACGCUAGGGUCACUCAUCAUUCGAGAAGGUAGACUUAAAGUUCAGCAAUUGUAGAAUCGUGGAUGUGAAAAGUUGAAACGGUGGCAGGAAUAUUUUAAUACUGGCCCCACCGAGCGCUUAGGGAGAGGUUGAAAAAUGCCCUAUUUUAUUUAAAAGGGAGUACAUCUUGGGCAACCUGAAGACUGCCCAGAUCGCGUGUAUCAAAUAAUGAAGAAUUGCUGGCACAAAGAGGCUUCACAGAGACCAAACUUUACCCUGAUGAUAGCUCAGCUUAAACAGGAAGUGAAUACACAUUACGACUCCCUCGACUCGCCGUGUGUCAGUGACAAGCAACCGCUGUAUCAGAACAUCGGCGUCUCUUCAGAAGAGAUAAAAGGUAGAGUAAAGAUUUAUUAGCUAAACCUUUGAUGCUUAACUCUCCUUUCUAGUCACUAUUCAUUUCUUCGUUAAAAAGUUUUGAAAAUUUGGUAUUAUAUUUUUAGUCGCGCGAGUGGCGUGACGAACUUUGCAAAAAGGCGUGGACUGCUCGUACUGUGUUCACACAGCAUUCAUCUGGUGAAAUCAUUUGAAUUUUUUUUAUUGGGGCAGUUGACAUAAUUAAUAAGUGAAUUUUUCUCGGCUUUCUUAGAAGAGCACCCCGUUGCCGAACGAGCAGCCGGCAAAAUUUCCCAGCCAGCUCCAAGCGCUCCACAGAGUAGUGUUCCCCCACCCUCCGCUUACAUCAACGUCGCCUGCAAUCCUGGUUUCCAUAGUGAUGACGAAGACGGCGUUUUUGAAGAUGGCAUUUUGUAGGAACAUUAAGAAUAGAGACCGAGGCUGUUAAAGAUCAGAUUUUAAAUCUUUAUGGUUGUGUGUUUUUGAAGAUACUGCCUAUCAUUUUAGGUAUUGGUUUGCCAGGUACUGUUAUUAAGGCCUAGACUAAAAAAAAGAUAGAGAAAAAUUAAUUCAAUAUCGAGAGAAAUUGCUUUGAUUUACUAGCGAGAGUGUUCUCUCCUCCUUUUCAGCCAAUCAGAUUUAAAAAUUUAAGUCUUGGACGCAUGCAUUUUCCCGCGCUUAAGACGCAUGAAUGCACGUGGAAUUUUCAUCGAUGAUACGAUUUUUUUUGGUUUUAAUUUAAAUACUUAAUAAGAAAAACGUGUUCAUUUUCCAUUGUAUAACCACUGCUAGAAUUUUGUGAGGAUAAAAAAUCACCUAAAUCGUUGGCUUCUAUAGCUGCAACAGAUUUUAAACCAACAAUAAGUUUGUGCACUUUAUUACUAUUAUUUUGGUCGCUCAGUUGGUAUCGCAGAUCAAUCUGAAAAAGAAAAAUCGGGGAAAUUAGGUGAGAAUUUUGGUUUCCAUGUUAUCCACUGACCCGCUUCGAUUUCCCAAUUAAUGUUCAGACUUUCUAUACGAUUUACAAUCAUUUGGAUAGAGAUAAGAUAGUAAGUUCGCCCACCCUGUCGGAUCUGAGGGAUUCCGGGAUCGAAUGGAAACCAGGCUAACCAUAAACUUGAGCUCGAGUUUUUCAUUCAAUGACGAGAAGGUUUUCAACAGUUUUCUUCAUUGUUGGGGAUUUAGUUAAAAGCCCCAUGAUUGCUGGUACAUUAAUUAAAAGUAGACGGUCGAAGUGAAUGCGAAAUGAGUGCGAGCUGAGUGUUUCUUCGACGCGGGACGUGUGCGUUUCCCACUAAUAGUGGAAGAUGGGUGUGGCUUUCAGUGCUUCUCUUUAAUCGAAAAAUUAAAUUAAAAAAUAGGUUUUUAUAUGACUAGAGCAGCUUGAGAAUUACUUAGUACCAUAUGGUAAACAAUGUUUAGAUAUACAUUUCCC